GCAAUUAUUAAAAAAUAAAAACUGAACAUUUGACGAAAGCAAAAGUAUCAUUUUCUUGCAAAAUACACAGAAUGUUUAUUCUUUUAUAAAGUAUGCCACAAAACAAAAGAAAAUACCACGACGUAAAAUGUGGAAAAAGAAAUUCGCAAUCAGCAAUUUUUUUAUUGAAAUCAGGAGCUUUAAAUUAACAGCGUGUUUUUAAAUGAUGUCAGUAUAUUAAUGAAUAUUGAUGGUGUAACGUGGAAAUCAAGUAUUUCAAAAUAUUACAUUUAUCAUGAUUGGGUUGAUUGAAUUGUUAACGAUUGCUUUUGCUUUACGAGUAAUUGUCGCAGGAGAAUUAUCCAAAAUUGAUGAUGUCCAAGCUUGCACUGAAUUUUGUUUUAAUAAUGGUAACAUAGAAAACCUUAAAGAUGAAAAUUGUGUGUGUGAAAAUUUAGAUAAUACAGAUGCAGAAAAUGUAAUUCGUGGAAAUAGAGAAACAGAAUACGUUGAUCCUACUUUAGAUUCCAACGAGCUUACUAAUGAAGACCGAGCUAUUCGCUGUGCGUUAAGAUCAAGAAAACAUAUGAAACAUCAUGAUGCUGACCGCAUAGUGACAUACUUUGUUAAUGGUGGACCAGCAAAUGGCCAUGCGUAUUUUGUUCAAGCAGCUAAUCAGAAUAUGAAUCCGGAAAAGGAAUGUAAUAGCGACAAAUCUCCAUUGGUAAAUUCAUAUCUUAAUUUAGAUGAAACUAGCAGUCAAACUCCGGAUGAGCAGCCAUCGAUAACAAAUAAUCAGUUGAAGCGAAGCUACAGCAACGGUGCACUGUAUAAUCCUGUAUACUUUGUACCAAAUGAGAUGCCUAUUGCACCUGUUGCAACGAGUCCAUAUGGAUAUGUUAUGGCUAGUCCAUAUAAUACUGUAAUAGAACCAAAAAAUAAUAUGUUAAGAUAUCGUGCAUCUUCGCGAAAUAAUUUGGUAAAUGGAAAAUUAUCGCCAAGAACUCGAGCACGUACAAAUAUUUUAAAACGUGUCUCAGAUGCAUUACAUGGAGUAGUUCGAGAUCCUGUAAAUGAUCAUUUAUUAGGUAGUUUUCUCAAUAAUCUUAUAUAUCAAGAUUCUGCUGGAUAUUCUUCUAAUUAUAAUAAUAACCAAAAUGUUGUUAAUGGAAAUAAUAUUGAAAAUGAGACUAAACAAGUCAAUCCUAUUGUUGGUUCUACCAACGAAGAUGAUAAAACACCUACGAUAAAUUCAAAAACUGCUUUACAAGAAACUAUUCAAAGAACGAGUACAUCUCCUACAAAUUUCCAAAAUAUUCCAUAUAAUCAACAAUAUUUAACACCAAUCUAUCCUUCGCAAUAUUUAAUUGGAUCACCAAUGAGUGGUUUCUAUGAUAACAUGCCUAGAGCUUUCAUUCUUCAACCUGUAAAUAUAAUGCCGCAAGAAAUGCAUUCUAUGACACAAUCAGAAGUAAUGAACUCGUCUCAAUCACAGGACUCUGUAAACUGUGACAACAAUAAUCUUAUGAAUACUGAUGAAUCUGUCAGUACUUCCAAUUGUCCAAUUAAAAGUUCAGAUUUUAAUGUUGCAACAACAUAAAAGACAAAUUAUUCUAUUACAAAAUAACUACUUUCCAACUGUGAGAACAAUUUCAUAAAAAAUAAAAAUAAAAAUAAAA